GUUGCUUUUAACGCAGAGUAAAAAACCAAAACCACCAUCCAACCACCAAUUAAAGAGUAAGAGAAACCACCAAAAGCCACCACUCCUCUUCUAUCUACUUCACGCUUUCUCCUCGUCGCCGACCGAAAUUAGGAGUUGGUGAAAAUGGGGGUUUCACAGAGUGAUGGUGGAAGAAUGGAAGGGUGGCUGUAUCUGAUACGCUCUAAUCGAUUGGGGCUUCAGUAUUCGAGGCGGCGCUACUUUGUUCUCCAAGAUCACCUGCUCAGGAGCUUCAAAGCAGUCCCGCUUUCACCGGAUGAGGAACCUGUUAGAAGCGCCAUAAUUGAUUCCUGCAUAAGAGUGACAGACAAUGGGAGGGAAAGCAUUCAGAGGAAGGUCAUUUUCAUGUUCACACUCUAUAACACAUCGAAUCCCGAUGAUCAACUGAAGUUGGGAGCAAAUAGUCCGGAAGAAGCCGCAAAAUGGAUCCAGUCCUUUCAGGAGUCAGCUUUAAAGUCGGAGCAGAACCUUGGAAAUUCUGAAUAUGCUAAUCGUGAACCACAGUCAUUAAGGCUAAAUUGUUCUCAUAAGCAUUCCCAUUCUGUUGACUGGACUGCCUACUCAUCCUCAGUCACGGAUGCAAUGACUUCUGACGUUAUUGCUCCAUCACCUUGGAAAAUUUUUGGUUGCCACAAUGGUCUCCGAUUAUUUAAGGAGGCUAAAGAUAAAGAAUUUAAUGGAAAGUGGGAUGAUCAUCCAGCAAUAAUGGCUGUUGGUGUAGUCGAUGGACCUUCAGAGGCUAUUUUUCAAACUCUCAUGUCUCUUGGCCCAUCAAGAUCAGAAUGGGACUUCUCUUUUCACAAGGGUUCUGUGAUUGAUCAUCUUGAUGGUCAUACUGAUAUAGUUCACAAGCUUCUAUACCGUCAUUGGCUACCUUGGGGUAUGAAACGAAGAGACCUUUUGUUAAGGCGCUAUUGGAGAAGGGAAGAUGAUGGUACAUAUGUGAUUCUUUACCAUUCUGUGUUCCAUCAGAGGUGUCCUCCUAAAAGGGGUUAUGUACGCGCCUGCCUUAAAAGUGGAGGAUAUGUUAUAUCUCCAGUUAAUCAAGGAAGGCGUUCUGUAGUGAAGCAUAUGCUUGCUAUUGACUGGAAAUAUUGGAAAUCUUAUUUGCAGACAUCAUCGGCGAGAUCAAUUACAAUUAGCAUGUUGGGGAGGCUUGCUGGUGGUGCUCCUUACCUAUUUCUCCUCUCUCAUGAUCAUUGCCAAUUCUUAAAUAUAAGUACCAUUGAAGUUGGAACCAACCAACUUUGGUUCCUAAAGGCAAAAUUUGAUUGUUCUUCCUCUGGUUUCUCAUCUGGUGAGCUAAUGAGCAGCACCACAAUGCAGCAAACCAGAAAGGAACUGAAAGUUAAAGUUGAAACUAGAGCGGAGAGUGGGAAGAAUAAGGAGGAUAUGGAGGAAGAACCAGUUAAAACACCUUCUGAGCGUUCGAGUCUUGUAGGAUUAAAUGACACAUCAGAUGAAUUCUUUGACGUCCCUGAGCCUCUGGAUUAUGAUCAGUCAGGAAGCGGUUGGUCUUCUGACUAUGAUCAAGAAAUUUAUUCUCAGGACGCACGCCAACCAAAGAUGUCAACUGCUGCUGUAUUCGUGAAAAAAUUGCACGAUCUUGCAGUUCAGAAGAAGGGUUAUGUAGACUUGCAUGAGAUGAUAAGGGAAGACAGCCAAUCAUGCAAAUAUGGCUGCACCCUUCCCAAGGAUCCAGCCUGUAAUUUUCUCUGCAGUUGGACAUCAACAGACCCCUCAACGUUUUUAAUUCGUGGAAAGACUUAUUUGGACGAUAGGAAGAAGAUUAAGGCGAAAGGGACAUUGAUGGAAAUGGUCGGUGCUGACUGGUUGAGAUCUGACAAGAGAGAAGAUGAUCUCGGGGGCCGCCCAGGGGGCAUAGUUCAGAAAUAUGCCGCAAAGGGGGGUCCUGAGUUCUUCUUUAUUGUUAACAUACAGGUCCCAGGUUCGACAACAUAUAGCCUUGCUUUAUACUAUAUGAUGAGUACUCCAUUAGAAGAUGCUCCUUUGCUCGAGAGCUUUGUCAAUGGAGACGACGCUUAUAGAAAUUCGAGGUUCAAGCUCAUUCCAUAUAUUUCGAAGGGUUCAUGGAUAGUAAAGCAGAGCGUAGGGAAGAAGGCAUGCCUGGUUGGUCAAGCCUUAGAAAUUAAUUAUUUUCGUGGGAAGAAUUACCUGGAGCUUGGUGUUGAUAUUGGCUCAUCAACUGUUGCAAGGGGUGUGGUUAGCCUCGUUUUGGGUUACCUGAACAAUCUAGUUAUUGAGAUGGCUUUCUUAGUACAGGCUAAUACACCAGAAGAAUUACCGGAAUAUCUUAUUGGCACCUGUCGGCUUAACCAUUUGGACGCCUCUAAAUCGGUAUUAGUAAAACCGUACUCUUGACACUGAAAAUUCAUCACUCAAUAUUUUUCUCUCGCAACAAUUGCCGAAAACCACCAACUCACAAGUGGUGUGUUGAGAUGCACAAAAGUUUGUGAGCGAUGACAAAAAUGAUUGUACAUGGGUUUCUUGCUUAGUUGGCAUUCUUUGUAUUCAAACAAGUGGAAUGAGUAGCUUAUUGAACUUUGCCGUGAUUCUUUUUAAAAUACAUAUAGAUUUGGUGUAUAGAGUUGUGCUGGAUUGUACGAAUAUUGUGUGAAAAGUUGUUGAUUUCUGAUUAAGUUGGCCAUAGAAGUUUUCAUGAGUAAUAUGAUGAGCGGGUCCAGAGGAGGUGGUCCAGGUGGAAAUACUCAUAUAUCAUAAAUAGGUAGGGACAUAUUCAACUGUAUUCUUAAACUUACUUUUUCUUCACUGGAAAUGUUCUGUUUUACUAUUCUCUAGAAGGAAAAUUAGGGAUGAAAUACAUCCAAAGGGCUCCUUUGGGGUUGAAUUGAACCACAACAUCAAAUAGUGUAGAAUACUGUUUGAGCAACUGGACUUGUACUUACAAGUUUGUUGUCCUUGAAUCAUUAGAUCCAACCGUUUAAUAUUGUUUGUUAGGAUUUAUGAAAUGUCAAAUAGUGUCUGAGAAGUAAAUUUGUGUUUUCC